CGCAGCCCCACCCGUUCCCUACGGUGGACGUUCCUGUGCACGCUCAUUACAUCAUCGGCUCCGUCAUCCUGUUGGUGGGGCUGACGGGAAUGCUGGGCAACGCUCUGGUCCUCUAUGUGUUCUGUCGCAGUAAGACGCUGCGCUCUCCCAGCAACCUGCUGGUGGUCAACCUGGCGGUGGCCGACCUGCUGAUGUCCGUGACGCAGUCUCCGGUCUUCUUCGUGGCCAGCCUGCACCGCCGCUGGGUGUUCGGAGAGUCGGCCUGUGAGCUGUACGCCUUCUGCGGCGCCCUGUUCGGCAUCGCCUCCAUGAUGACGCUCACCGCCAUCGCCGUGGAACGCUGCCUGGCCAUCACGCGGCCGCUGGCGCUGCUGGGCGGAGUCAGCCGCCGCCGCCUCUACGCGGUGAUGGUGGGGGUGUGGCUGCACUCUCUGGGCUGGAGUCUGCCUCCGUUCUUCGGCUGGAGCGCCUACGUCCCUGAGGGCCUGCAGACGUCCUGCAGCUGGGACUACAUGAGCUUCACCGUCACCGUGCGCACCUACACCGUCCUGCUCUUUGUCUUUGUCUUCUUCGUCCCCCUCGCCGUCAUCGCCAUCUGCUACCUGUCCAUUUUCAGGGCGGUGCGGCAGGCAGCUCGGCAGGUGGAGAGGCUGAACCGUGGAGAGGCCAACAAGGCGUAUGAGCGCCUGCGCAGCGAGUGGCGGAUGGCCAAAGUGGCUCUGGGAGUGAUCCUGCUGUUCGUGGUGUCCUGGGCGCCGUACUCUGCCGUCGCUUUGACCGCCACCGCUGGCUACGCCCACCUGCUGACUCCCUACAUGAACUCAGUGCCCGCAGUCAUCGCCAAGGCCUCUGCCAUCCACAACCCCAUCAUCUACGCCAUCACGCACCCAAAGUACCGGGCGGCCAUCGGUCGACACUUCCCGCUCCUGCGUGCUGUGCUGCGUCUGGAGGAAAAGGACCUUCACUCGUCUUUCAGCUCCAGCAGCGCCUCGUCUCGCCGCACCACACUCACCAGCUCUCCAGGAGUCCGGCUGGGCGCCGGCGUGCGGACCGACGGCCGCUGGAGAAAGACUCGGCUGUCCUCGGCCUCCGACAGCGACUCCUGCUGGACCGAGAGCGAAGCCGAUGGCUCCAGUGGCGGAUCAGCAGCCGUCCACCGGCGGCCGUCCGCCGAGCUGCCUGAGCCGGCCCGCCACAACCGGCUGGCUGGACCCACCGCGCUGACAGGCACAGACCUGCCUGAAGGGGGCGCUACAGUGGAGGCGAAACCUCUGCUGGUCGCUCAAUGAUGGCGUCACUGUGGAGUCGAUGCCGGCCCUCAUCAACGGCAGAAGAAGGGACCGAGGAAAACGAACUGGCAGUGAAGGCAUCUUCAGCCUCUGGUUCACAUCCAGAAAUAAACGGGACUGUUUCUCAGCAGCCAGGACCUCCUUUGUUAAGCUAUAGAAACCUUUUAAUGUUUUGCUGUAAUGAAUGAAAGUCGGGCUGAGCUUCUCGGUCCCGGUUCUGAUGAAAGAAAACAUUUCCAUAAUUCUGAGGGUAUGGAUUAUUAGACCAGAACAUGGUUGACGUUGGUGAAACUUUGUUCUGAUACUGUGGUCAAAGUUACGUUCCUGCAAUAAAUGGUUCCUGUAAGUUUCAGACCGAGCCAAUUAACUUAAAUCUGGUUCCUAGACUGUCAGCACUGGGCUCUUAGAGGUGUUCCUGAAAAUGUUGGAUAAAGCUUCCCAGAUUCUAACUCUCUUCAGAACCGGUCCAUUCAGCGUUAUUUCAGGGUCCACUUUAUGUGAUGACAGGUUGCAGCUUGUGGAAUUGCUUUAAUAAUAAUGAGGUUUAUGGAUAUUGGGUUUAAUAAGGCAGAAUCAUCCCAUCGUCAUCCACUAAAUGUAGAAACUAUCGGACCCUUUUGUCGCCAGAGACCUGGUUCUAGCAGAACAUGCAGCAUUGGGCUGUUCUGGAUCAUUUUCUAGUAAAACACAGUUUGUUGGGGAAAAGCUGAACCUUAGACGGUUCAAAGCAGCAGAAUUAGCUGCGUCCUGAUUAUGUGAAGAUCUGAUUUAGUUUAUGGAACAAAAAUCUUUCAUUAUUUAAAAAAUGUUCCAACUAAUUUGUUUUGAUAAUACUGUUGAGAGUCAGUGGCUUUGAGUUAUCCUUCUUCAUUGUCUUUUGCUUGGGUUCCUUUUUAACUUCACGUGUCUUAUUUUUCUGGAUGAAAUUAAACUGUCUG